GCGAAUAUUUUUUUAGAGUUUUACACAGGAACUUUCUUGUUUAAGGGCCAAAUGGUUGACCAAAAGGAGUUGUUUUUCUCGUAUAAGAUGUGAACGGAUCUCCUAAGAAAAACAACUCUUAUUUAAAUAAUUUUCUUUCAUUUUUAUUCUUCUUUAUUUUAUUUUUUUCAAGUUUUCUUUCAUAAUGGUUUCUGCAGAAACCAAUGGUAAUAAUUCAGCAAGUAUGAAAUUAAUUGAUGGAAGGAAAUUGGCUUACAAAGAAAGAGGUGUUCCUAAGGAAAAAUCAAAUUACAGAAUCAUUUUUGUUCAUGGAUUUGACAGUUCCAAAGAAAGAGAUUUUCUUGCACCCCAGGAACUCAUGAACACACUGGGAAUAUAUAUAAUUCAAUUUGAUCGAGCUGGAUAUGGUGGAAGUGAUCCAAAUCCAAAACGAUCACUAAGGAGUGAAGCAUCUGACAUUGAGGAAUUGGCUAAUCACUUGGAAUUAGGAUCCAAAUUCCACAUAAUUGGUUUUUCAAUGGGAUCUUACCCAACCUGGAGUUGCAUCAAACAUCUAUCACAUAGGUUAGCAGGGGUGGCAUUUGUGGCUCCCAUCGUCAAUUACCAAUGGCCUUCUCUGCCGAAAUCUGUAACAAAGAAUGACGGACGUACGAGGUGGUACAAAAGGAUGACUUUGGUUGCAAGAUAUGCUCCUAAGUUAUUGCAUUGGUGGAUGAUCCGAAAAACAUCUCGUACCACUCCUACUAAUAAUUCAAAACCUACAUAUUUUACUGACAAGGACUUGGAGCUUUUGAAGAAUGCACCUGGAUUUCAGUUUCUUACCGCGGAAAAGAUAAAGAGCAGAAGUGUUUUCAACAACCUCCGCAGCGACUUCCUUGUGGCGUUUAGUAAAUGGGAUUUUGAUCCUUUGGAGCUUAGUAAUCCUUUUCCUGAAAAUGAUAAACGUCUUGUUCACAUCUGGCAUGGGUGUGAAGACAGAUUUAUUAAUUUGAAACGACAAAGACAUGUAUCAGAAAGAUUACCUUGGAUUCAAUAUCAUGAAGUUCGUGAUGGCGGACAUUUGUUGAUCUACGAUACCAUUGUCUGUGAAGCCAUCUUAAAGUCUCUUUUGCUUGGAGAGGACACACCACUUUAUACACCUAAAUUUUCUUCCUAACUGUCACAUCCCCCUUUUGCCGAAAUCUUUUGGGUCUCUGAAAAAUGCUAGAAAUAGCUUUUUUUGUAAAAAUUAAACCAUUUUUGUCACUUCGAUUUUUCAAGCCACUUCCUGUUUCACUUUUCCAAAUACUCAAAAGAAGAUUAAGUUCUCGAUCUCUUUUAUCUUGCCACGUUUUCCUUAGUCUAACAAUCUUUUACUCCACUGGCAUUAGGACUCAACAGCUGGAAGUUUUGCACAAUUUUCUAUGUAACCUUGUGGCUAGCAAUUCGUUGUGUGUUCUGGAGAAGAUGCAGGCACCAUCUAUGUCAAAGGUUUCCUAGAGUUAUAUUUUUUUUUUGCAUUCCUGCAACUAUAAGUAGCAUUGCAGCAAUUUGUAUUUGAGAGAAAAAGAUAAGGUUAAAGAAAAUUAUAAUUGAUAGAGAUUUAUAUAUUGCUCUAAGCAUAUUUUUGAUGUAGUGAGACAAGUGAAAAGGGAAGAAGUAUAUGACUGGCACAAUACUUAAAGCGGGGUUGUUGGAGUCUA